AUGCCGCCUGCUGGGAGCGGAAGCUCCAGGAAGAUCUCCUUCAAUGUGUCGGAGCAGUAUGAUAUCCAAGAUGUGGUUGGAGAAGGUGCAUACGGUGUUGUCUGCUCCGCGCUACACAAGCCGUCUGGCCAGAAGGUCGCCAUCAAGAAGAUUACGCCCUUCGACCACUCCAUGUUCUGUCUGAGAACGCUGCGAGAGAUGAAGCUACUCAGAUAUUUCAACCACGAGAACAUCAUCUCGAUCCUCGACAUUCAGAAGCCCCGAAACUACGAGACCUUUACUGAAGUGUACCUUAUUCAGGAAUUGAUGGAGACUGACAUGCAUCGAGUUAUCCGCACGCAGGAGCUUUCCGACGACCAUUGCCAGUACUUCAUCUACCAGACCCUGCGUGCCCUGAAGGCCAUGCACUCUGCAAACGUUCUUCACCGAGAUCUCAAGCCCUCCAAUCUUCUGUUGAACGCCAACUGCGAUCUCAAAGUCUGCGAUUUUGGUCUUGCGCGAUCAGCUGCCUCGACUGAGGACAACUCUGGUUUCAUGACGGAAUACGUUGCCACGCGAUGGUAUCGUGCUCCGGAAAUUAUGCUUACAUUCAAGGAGUACACAAAAGCAAUUGAUGUCUGGAGUGUAGGCUGCAUCUUGGCUGAGAUGCUGAGCGGCAAGCCAUUGUUCCCAGGAAAGGACUACCACCACCAGCUCACCCUGAUCCUUGACGUGCUCGGUACGCCUACCAUGGAAGACUACUACGGUAUCAAGUCUCGCCGUGCUCGCGAGUACAUUCGCUCCCUUCCAUUCAAGAAGAAGAUUCCAUGGAAGGCCAUGUUCCCCAAGACGAACGAUCUUGCCUUGGAUCUGCUAGAGCGAUUACUAGCCUUCAACCCUGUGAAGCGUAUUACAGUUGAGGAAGCCCUGAAACACCCAUACCUCGAGCCCUACCAUGACCCAGAUGAUGAGCCGACUGCCGACCCAAUUCCAGAGGAAUUCUUCGACUUUGACAAGAACAAGGACAACUUGACCAAGGAGCAGCUGAAGCUUCUCAUCUACCAGGAGAUUAUGCGGUAA